AUGGCAAGCCUAAGAAAAAAAUGGAGGGCUUGGGAUGAGCUGUGUAGACCAGUUUUAGAGGGGGGUAUUGGGCUCAGAAAUUUGCUUGAGGCGCAGAGAUCCCUUCAUAUGAAAUUUGUCUGGAAUUUGUUUCAAGGAAAAUCGGUUUGGUCGAAAUUUUUGGUUGCUAAAUAUGUCGGUAAUAAUCAUAUCUCCUGUGUGGAUUCAUCUAAAGGAUCAAAAUCAUGGAAGAUGCUUUUAGAUAACAUGGCUGCUGUAAAAAAAUUUUCCAAAUGGAGGGUGAAAGAAUGUAACAUUUCCUUUUGGCAAGACAGAUGGUUAAAUGAUGGUCCUCUUAGUGAGCAACAUGAAGUUUGGGAUUUUUCGAAUCUUUCUAUCGCUGAGUGUAAACUUGGAAAUGGGUGGAAUGUGGAACUGUUUGACCGAUUAGUUGGCAUGGAAAAGUUAGAACAAAUCUUAGAAGAAUUGGGUAGAGUGAAGCAGGGGAAGGACACUCUUAUUUGGUUACCGAAUGCCCAUGGGAAUUUUUCCCCUCAUUCUGCAUGGGAAUGUAUCAGGUCUAGAGGCCCAAAAGUGCCUUCGCAUAAAUGGUUGUGGCAUCCUGCACUACCAAAAAAAAUGUCUCUAAUAAUGUGGAAGACACAUAAUAAUUGUUUGCCGGUGGAUGAUAGGGUUCGUAGAGCAGGGAUUUCGUUGGUUUCUAAAUGUGAUUGCUGUGACAAUGGGGGAUAUGAGGAUUAG